ACCAGCAAUAUUAAUCUUAUGUUAACCUUAAAAAUUCUUGUUGAUUUUAAAGUAAAAAACAAUUUACUGAUUUAAGUAUGGUGAGAAAAUUAUGUAGGUUGUGAAGAUGUUUGCUUUUGAAGAAUUGGACAAGUAGUACUUAAUUUAUAUAUUCAUGCUAAUGUUUCUUACAGGGUUUAGUUUAUUACUUGAUGUAUUUUGUGCUCUACAUGGACCGAGAGAAAAAUGUGUUGAAAUUCUGAAGAGUGGUCACUUGUUAGCUAUUUCACCAGGUGGAGUUCGAGAAGCCCUAAUUAGUGAUGAAACCUACAACAUCAUAUGGGGUAAUCGUAAAGGCUUCGCUCAGGUUGCAAUUGAUGCAAAAGUGCCCAUUAUUCCUAUGUUUACACAAAAUAUUCGAGAAGGAUUUAGAUCACUUGGAGGAACAAGGUUAUUUAGAUGGCUUUAUGAAAAAUUCCGAUAUCCAUUUGCUCCAAUGUAUGGAGGUUUCCCAGUGAAGUUACGCACCUUUUUAGGUGAUCCCAUUCCUUAUGAUCCAAAGAUAACAGCAGAAGAAUUAGCUGAAAAGACAAAGAAUGCUCUUCAAGCUUUGAUUGAUAAGCACCAAAGAAUACCAGGAAACAUUAUGAGUGCUUUGUUAGAACGUUUUCAUAAAAAAUGAAAGAUCAACUAGAAGACAAUUUAAUACAUUUUUAUUAAUAUGUUUGUGUCUAAUACUGUCUUCUAAAUUUUGUAGGUUCUAUAAUUAGUAUUUUUUAAAAAUCAUGGUAAUAAGCAUCUUUUACUGAACUUGUUGAAAAUUGUAUUGUCAAUUAUGUGUUUGCAAUCAAUUGUGUCAAAUUUUAAACAAUAACUCAUUAUAUGCCUAAUAAUCCAGAAAAUGAUCACAUUUCUUUUUAUAAAUUACUAAUAUUGUAUGAUAAACAUAUAGAUUAUAAGAGUUAAGUUUAUUAACAAUAGCAAUUUAAAUUAAAUAUACAUUCCUAAAUAAUGCAUCUAAUUUCUGUAUCUGUUCUACUGAGCUAAUUUUGCAAGAUGGUACAACGUAGAUGCUUAAGUUAGAAAAAAAAAAGCCCUUUUAUCUGCCCCUGAUUCCUUUCAUGACCUUGGGCAAGUCUCUCUAAUGUUUUUAGGCCUCAACAAUUCACUUUUUUAAAAUAUAAUACUAUGUUGAAGAAUAUUAUUUUAAAUUCUUUAUAUUUGCUGCAAUUGAUAACUGUAGAAUUGAAAUUAUAACUGAAUUAAUUAAAUAAUACAAAUAUCUUUUAUAAGUUCAUGUAUAUAUUUUGUCCAUGGGCCGUUUAAAUUAUUCCUUCAGGUAUGAUGUCAGGUUGCCAAGCACAACAAAGAAGAUGUACUGUUUUUCAAAUUGAAUAAAAAAGAAACUAGGAAAAGUCAAAUUUUUAAUUAUUGUUUUUAAUAUAUUUUAACAAGAAUCUGUAGACAAACAGUACAGUGUGUGCUGUGCACUGUCAGCCUUCUAAUAUGGCUUUAAGGUUAAAAAAUCACUGUCGUGCUCUGCAUUUCAUGUAGGAAACUGAUUCUAGGCUGAUGAAAACAGAGUUCAAGAAAUCUCUGCUUUCGCUCAAUAUCAUGGUGUAUUCAGUUUGACUUUGCAACCAGUCAAAUGGUUUAUUGUUUCAAUAAAAAUAUACUUGAAUGAUGAAUUUAUGUGAACACAAAGCUUUCUGAAAAAUAUGCAGUAUCUCCCUCUCCCUUUUUUAGAUUUUAACUUACUUGAAUUUUUGUAUAUAUUUUUGUAUAACAUGUAUGUAUGUGUAAUGUAUAUAAAAUUAGGCAACAUAAAAAUAAAGCUGGAUUGCAAUUUAUUGUCUUGUGAAAUUGCAUAUGACAUUUCCCUAUUUAAACUGAUUUUCCACCCAGUCAUAGUCAUAUGUUUCAGCCACCAUGAAUAAACCAUAUUUUCCAAUGUAAUAAAUGUGUAUUAAUUUCA